ACCAUUAGACAACAAGAAAUGAGAAAACAAAAUCCAGUCACACCUCAGCUCAUAACCCGCCACAAUUUUUUUGUAAAGUUCUGUAAAUACGGAAUCUCUAAUCUAACGCUUCGGAUCUUCUGUGUCUCCAUAGCCAUGGCGUUGAGAUCCUCAGGUCGAAAGCUCUCCUUCGAGAUUUUAAGCGAAAGCAGCUCCGUCGAAGAAGGCCAAUUCCUGCUCUACCAAUCGAAUACGGGUCCGAUCGAGAAAGUUUCCGCUUCUCCGGAGAAGCCGAAUCGGAAGAAGAAGAAACACAGAAAAAAGAAACCGGCCGAAUCCUACUCCGUGGUCCCCGAAGAUCCGAUCACCGAGUCACGCUUCAUUGAUUCCAAUUCCGCUAUCCAGAACGGAAAUGUGUUUUUGGAGAACAGAAGCAGCAGUGUUGUUGGAGGUGAGAGUGUUGUGUAUACAGUGAUUGAUGUGGCGGAGGUUGCGGAGUGCCAGAGCGUGCUUAGUAUCAGUGGUAGUGAGUUGAGACAGAGGAAUGUGAGUAAUGGCGGAGGAGGAGAAGAGGAGAUGGUGUCGUCUUCGCGGGUGGAGGAGAAUGGGACAGUGGAUAGCGGAGUGGAGGUAAGUUCGGCAGAGAAGCUGUGGAGGAAUGAGCCCAAUGGGAGUGCUGUUCCGAGUGCGAAGUUGGAGCCGGCGGAGUCAUUGGAUUGGAAGCGGCUUAUGGCGGAGGAUCCUAAUUUUCUCUUUGCAGUUGAGAUCUCGCCAGUGAAGUACUUUGUGGAUGAAAUGUAUAGAGGAAAUUCAUUGAGGAGCACAACAACUCUCGGUAGUGAGAAGGAAAGGGAGAGGGUGUAUGAUACUAUCUUUCGCUUGCCAUGGAGAUGUGAACUGCUCAUAGAUGUUGGCUUCUUCGUAUGCUUGGAUUCAUUUCUAUCUCUGUUAACUAUCAUGCCAACAAGGAUGCUGAUGACCCUUUGGAGGCUUCUAAGUAGAAGGCAGUUCAAGAAGCCUUCUGCAGCAGAGCUCUCUGAUGUUGGCUGCUUUCUUGUGUUGGCUUCAGGUGUUGCACUUUUGGAGUGCACAGAUAUCAGCUUAAUAUAUCACAUGAUUCGCGGUCAAGGAACAAUCAAACUCUACGUGGUUUACAAUGUUUUGGAGAUAUUUGAUAAACUAUUUCAAAGUUUUGGUGGAGAUGUGUUGCAGACUCUAUUUAACUCUGCGGAAUGGCUUGCUAGUUGUUCAGAAGAAAACACAACAUUCUGGGUUUGGAGAUUUAUAUCUGAUCAGGCUUUAGCUAUGGCCUUUUCAAUUCUUCAUUCUUUCACUUUAUUAGCUCAGGCAAUCACUUUAUCAACUUGUAUUGUUGCUCAUAAUAAUGCCUUGCUGGCUUUGCUGGUAUCCAAUAACUUUGCUGAGAUAAAAAGCAAUGUCUUUAAACGUUUCAGUAAGGAUAAUAUUCACAGUCUGGUGUAUUCUGAUUCAGUAGAGAGAUUCCACAUUUCAGCAUUUCUCGUAUUUGUCUUAGCUCAAAAUAUUUUGGAGGCUGAGGGUCCUUGGUUUGAGAGUUUUCUUUUUAAUGCGUUGAUGGUUUUCAUCUGUGAGAUGUUAAUUGACAUCAUAAAGCAUUCAUUCCUUGCCAAAUUCAAUGACAUAAAGCCCAUUGCAUACUCUGAAUUUCUUGAAGAGCUUUGCAACCAGACUUUGAAUACUCAAAUGGAGGACGAGAAAAAAAAUCUCACUUUUGUUCCUCUAGCACCAGCUUGUGUGGUUAUCCGAGUGCUGACUCCAGUAUAUUCAGCUCACCUUUUCUACAGUCCUCUCCCAUGGAGGUUCCUUUGGAUCCUCCUCUUAUCUGCCAUGAUCUAUGUAAUGCUUACAAGUCUGAAGGUGAUGAUUGGCAUGGGCCUACAAAAGCAUGCCACUUGGUACAUCAAUAGGUGCCGGAAGAGAAAGCGCCAUCUUCACAAUGAUUAAAAGUUAAAAGAAGAAUACAGAAUCACCUCAUAAGCAUCCGGUAUCUGAAUGCGGAGAAUUUCCUGAUGAAAAAUUAAUCGAGAACAUUGGCAAGAAGCUUCUUCCUGCAGCUGUUGGACACGUAAAAAGUGCAAAAAAAAAAUCUUCAGCAAAUGAGUUUCACAGGAGGUUAUUCCCUUCAAUUUUGUUACAAAGAAAGAUCAUUUGGUUAAUACGUUGCGCUAUCGCUAUGAUGUACAGGACUCAUCCAAAUCUUUUACAGUAGAAUAUUGUUGAAGAGCUUGUUUGGUUCAAUUUCAUUUCACAAAAUUUUGUGAAAUUUUAUUGAAUUUCA